AUGUAGAAAAAGGUAGGACCAAUAACUGAUCACAGAAGAUGGAGAGAAAGGCUGUUUCAGUUUCUAUAUUAAUAAAUAAAAGUGGAUUUCCAAGAAGAAGCCUUUUUCUGCUUGUAAGUAAAUCAUGAAGCUUACUUGUAAGUUGAGCAAAAUAAAUGGAGGGAGUUUCUUAAAGCAUUUGAACUUCAUGGUAACUCUUAGCAUACUAGGAAUUCAUUCAAUGUCAUAAGUUAAAUUGGAUAAUUCUAAGCAAGAUCUAGGAAGAAACCAACAGAUGAUCAUGAUUGCUAUGUUAUCUUCUCAUGA